UGUCAUCAAAGUUCACACAAAACCUGAAUGCUUAGAGUCUGGAGAGUGUAGUGGGCAGCCACCUUUCUGUCUCCUCCUAAAGAAACUGCUACUGUUGUCGUAGUUCUGGACUGAGAGCAUGGAUAAAGUGAUUCUGCUGCUUGGGGUGUCCGUCCUCACCAGUCUUCUGUCAGAAGCCUUUGCUCAGACAGACCUCACAGGAAAAGUAUUUGUGUUCCCCAGAGAGUCUGACAGCGAUUAUGUGAAGUUGAUCCCACAUCUGGAGAAACCUCUGGAGAAUUUUACACUGUGUUUUCGAGCCUAUAGUGACCUUUCCCGCCAUUACAGUCUUUUCUCCUACAGUACCAAGGGCAGAGACAAUGAGCUACUAGUUUAUAAGACAGCAGUUGGAGAAUACCAACUGUUUAUUGGACAUUCAAAAGUCACAGUCCGUGGUAUGGAAGAACUCGCUUCCCCAGUGCAUUUCUGUACCAGUUGGGAGUCCCAUUCUGGCAUUGCUGAAUUUUGGGUCAAUGGGAAACCUUGGGUGAAAAAGGGUCUGCAGAAGGGGUAUGAUAUAAAAGCCCAACCCAGUAUUGUCCUAGGACAGGAGCAGGAUACCUAUGGAGGAGGGUUUGAUAAGUCCCAGUCCUUUGUAGGAGAAAUUGGAGAUUUGAACAUGUGGGACUCUGUGCUAACACCACAAAACAUUAAACUUGUAUACCUUGGUUCCACCCUUGCUCCUAAUAUUCUGAAUUGGAAAAAUCUGAACUAUGAAAUAAAUGGCUAUGUAGUCAUCAAGCCCGGUGUGUGGCUUGAUGACUAUUAAGAUCUUACAAUAAAACCUCAUAAAAAUGAAAUGGACAAUGUCCAAGAGGUCAAGUCAGCACAACUUGACACUCAAUUCUGUAUCUAUAUCCUUUUUUCUUUGUGAACCUCCUGUCUAUUUAGCUGUUUAAUAAAAAUAUUAUCCAAUUC